GCGCCCCAUAGCGGGGUCCCUGUGCCCCAUAGCGGGGUUCCUCUGCCCCAUAGCGGUCUCUGCCCCACAGAGGAGGUGUCGCUGACCCUGGAGCGGCUGCACCGAGCUCGGCCACCCCCCAACAUCGACGUCAGCCCCCCGCGGCGGCCGAGCUGCCCGAGGUGACGACGCGGGAGCUGGAGCUGCUCUCGGAGGCCGAGGCCGAGCUGCUGCCCUCAGGUGCUCCCUUUUCGCCGUCGCCUCCGUGAUCGUCGCUUACAAAUCCCUCAACAAAAGUUCCGGGAGGGGUUGGAAGAGCCUCAGAGGCACUGCCAGGCCCUGGAGGUGCUGCCCCCCCCGCGUGAGCAGUGGAGGAGACCACGUGACCUGCUGAGAGCCCCCGCCUUUGGCUGGCUGCCCCCUGAGCUGUGGGUCCUGUGGGACCGCUGUGUCCGCUCCAUGGCGCCACCGCCGCGCCCCACGGCGCCUCCAGAGCUGCCCAGCGUGGAGAUUCUGCGGGAAGUGCUGGAGCCGAGCCUGGUGACGCUGCCCUCCUCUGAGCUGACGCUGGAGGUGGUGGAGGAGGAACCGAGGCCGUGGGUGCCCUCCCUGGAGGAGAGAGCUCCGCCCCCCCUGGACCUGGAGGCGCUGAGGAGGCGGGUGGCGCUGGGGGUGCGGCAGCCGGAGGGGACGGAGCUGGGGGCGCUGCUGCCCCACGGCGCCUCGCGCAGCCUCGCCGCGCGCCUCUUCGCCCUCUGCCUCGCGCUGUGUGCGUCGGCGCAGGUGUCUCUGUUCCAGCCCCGCCCCUUCGGGCCGAUCGCGCUGCGCUCGGGGCCGCGCGGGCCCCCCCCGCUCUGA